ACAACAUGGCCGCUGGUAAAGCAAUCACAGAUACUUUAAUGUUCUUCAGUAGGUUGGCUUGGAAUUGUCGUAUAUCAUUACCUCUAUUUGUCAUGGUGUCUUUCAUGGCAUUGGAUUUCCGAAUGCAAAUUGAAAUAAAUGUUGAAACACAGAGAAUAAGGAGGGUGCAUUUGUUUGAUGAAGAAGAUGAUGACAAUGGUGACUAUUUUACAUCUAGUGAAGACGAGGAUGAUUGGGAUACAAUGUCUAGUGAUUCGCAAAUCACUGAUAUUAUAGUCCAAGAAACAUAAAAACCGA